AGUGAAGCGAGUAACAGCAGCAUUCUGUUCUAAAGCACUGCAGCAUCCACGCACUGACACGGAUCACAUUCUCCCUCAUUUUAGAGGGGGGGCAUUUUUUGCCUGCCUUCCCUCUGGCACAGAUUGCAUUGAUGCACCCCUACCUUGGCUUCAUCCUUCAAAACCUUUGGGCUGACUGUCUACCUCCAUCUUACCUUCAAGCUGGACUUCCCACCUCCUCUCUCCCCCUCCACUGCUGUAAGUGGAUCGGCCAGACCUCCAGCAGAGUGACAUAGACAUGGGCUGUAAACACUCUGGACAGGGCCAGUGGGAUGGCAAUGGGGUCAAAGGGCAUGACCUGUCCCAGCUCAGCCGCCGAGAGGCGUUGCAUUUCAUGGGGGGCGGCUAUGAGCAGCCAAUCACGAUGCAGAUUGAGGGACGGCACGGGAGAGGGAGAAGAGCUCAUCACUCCCAGUACCCAAUGUCAGACUGCAGUAUCAAGAUGGAGAGGCCAUCCUGGGAGGCUCUGAGGGCCCUAGGGGUGGUGGAAGGGGCUGGACCCAGCCUUGGUGCCUACGCUCCUGGACCUUACUACGAUGACAUGCCCCUCCCACCAGAACUGUACGCAGCCAAUGGAUACCUCUCCAGUGUUGCCUACAAUCUGGAGGACCUUAACAGGAUAGAGUAUGUUGACGAUCCAGAGCGCUGUCUGAUUGGUUGCUGUAACACUGAUAAUGAUGAGCCUAGCAGCUUCCUGAGCCAGAGUGAGUAUGAGGGCCACUGGCUGGACAGGCCUAUGGGCUACCUGCCCCUGCACGAGCUUGACAGUGGCCUGGGCUGCACUGACGGCAGCCUCCACCAGGGGGACCUGUCUGACCCAGAGACAGAGGAGGGGGUAGAAGCCCCUAUGUCCUCUCCACCAGGACACACCAGCCGGGGAAGCUCUCCCUCCUCUGAGUCCCUGCUUUCCUCAGAGGUCAGUGACUCUGGCUUCCACAGCGUCAGCACAGGGGAGUUCCGCCACUUCCAGAAGAUUAUAGAUGGGAGGAUCCACAACUACCGGAGCCGCGUGGUCCCGCGGGAGAAGAGAUCGAAGUCUCGCUGGGACCUGGAGUCCAUCCCUGAGACCCUGACCUGUGACCCCCAGACAGGCAGGGCUGCAGACGGAGAUCACACUUUCAUGAGCCACCAGUGCACCAUGGGUGGUAGCGCCAUUCAGGUCCGCGAAGCCAUGAGCUCCCAGCAGAGCAGGCAUGGCACCAGGUCUGCUGCCUCCAGCUGCCGUACUGAACCCUGCCAGAGGAGAGCGCUGAUGCUGAACCAGCACUCCUCCGAGGACCUCCCCAGCCGCAGCCACACUGUGCAUGACUUAUCAGACAGGAGACGAGCCAGUCACCCUGGCCUGCCCGCUGGGAACAAUGCCACAGGGAUAUAUAGACAUGUAGACAGACAACUGCCCAGCAACCCAAACCACCUAGCCGUGCCCACUGAGAACUCUGGCACAGGACAAUACAACAGGGGGUUCAACACAGACAUCAGUGAGAAGAGGAAGCCUCAGAGCAGCCAUGUGGAAGGCCCCUGGCAAGGACUAUAUGUGGAGGACCACAGAGGCAGUAUGGCCAGUGAGGACUAUAACAGUCAGAAACAGUGUCUUUCCAAGAGUCCCUCAAGGAAACGGCCUGGGAAGCAGCUAGCAGACUGGCGUCAGUUUGCAACACUGGGACAUCCUCAAAUUGGUGGGGACUGGCCACAAGCAGACGGCCCCUGCGGCCCCCUCUACAGCACGCUGGACGGGCUCUCUGCCCGCUCCAGGAAGGGUCUCUCUGGGAACCCCCGGGCAGUGAGGAACCAGCUCCUGAAGGCCAGGGCCUCCCGGCUGGCUGACGAGCGCAGUGAGGUCACCACGGACGAGGAGGCCCGCGGUGAUGUCUGGGCAGGCCGCUACUGGAGUAGGACAGAGCGCCGGCGCCACCUGGCGUUGGCCCGGGAGCAAAGGCAGAGGAAGCUGAGCCGUGGUGGGCCUGAGGGAGCAGCAGAGGACGGGGCUGGAGGAACAGGGGGUGCAGGGGGGCAAGGGGGUGCAGAGGGCCCUGGAGGAGGCUGCAGCACAGUGCUGGAGCUCAGCCACAGGAAGCAGAGCCGUCUGAGGAACCAUAAACUGCUGGAUGACUGGACCACAGUGGAGGAGCUGCUGACCCACGGUACCCGUGUGGGGGAGGGGGACAACACCCUCUGUCACAGCCCACUGCUGUCAGUCACUACAGUAUAAUGACACAGUGAGAUAAGGUGUGUAUGAGUGACUGAAGAGAGUCAGUGAUAUGACUCCAGUUUGACUACAUCUUGUUCUCCACACAUGUUCCUGGAAACAACCUAGAGUAGUAGUUGUCUAAUGGUCUGGACCAAUGGCAGUACGAUACAACCUAGAGCAGUAGUUGUCUAAUGGUCUGGAUCAAUGGCAGUACGAUACAACCUAGAGUAGUAGUUGUCUAAUGGUCUGGAUCAAUGGAAGUACGAUACAAACUAGAGUAGUAGUUGUCUAAUGGUCUGGACCAAUGGCAGUACGAUACAACCUAGAGUAGUAGUUGUCUAAUGAUCUGGACCAAUGGCAGUACGAUACAACCUAGAGUAGUAGUUGUCUAAUGGUCUGGACCAAUGGCAGUACGAUACAACCUAGAGUAGUAGUUGUCUAAUGGUCUGGACCAAUGGCAGUACGAUACAACCUAGAGUAGUAGUUGUCUAAUGGUCUGGACCAAUGGCAGUACGAUACAACCUAGAGUAGUAGUUGUCUAAUGGUCUGGACCAAUGGCAGUACGAUACAACCUAGAGUAGUAGUUGUCUAAUGGUCUGGACCAAUGGCGGUACGAUACAACCUAGAGCAGUAGUUGUCUAAUGGUCUGGACCAAUGGCAGUACGAUACAACCUAGAGUAGUAGUUGUCUAAUGGUCUGGACCAAUGGCAGUACGAUACAACCUAGAGCAGUAGUUGUCUAAUGGUCUGGACCAAUGGCAGUAUUAAACAACCCAAAUGGCAGUUUUCACUGGUCCCUCUAAAGCUAGCUGAGUGGGUUUUGGGUAAGCUACGGCACGAAAGAUAUAGCUGUGUUUUGAUGGCACACUCUUAGAAAAAAAGGUGAUAUCUAGAACCUAAAAGGGUUCUUUGGCUGUCCCCAUAGGAGAACCCUUUGAAUAACCCUUCUGGUUCUAGGUAGAACCCUUUAGGUUCCAGUUAGAAUCCUUUUGAGUUCCUUGUAGAACCCUUUCCACAGAAGGUUCUACCUGGAACCCAAAAGAGUUCUAACUGGAACCAAAAAGGUUUAUCCUAUGGGGACAGCCGAAGAACCCUUUGGAACCCUUUUUUCUAAGAGUGCGGUGACUCAUUUUAUCAAUAAACACUUUUCACAAUUAAAUGCAACUUCAUAAGCUUUUUUUUCCCAAAGAGUGGAUAUCACCAUAUCAAUGUACUUCAACAAAGCAUGUCAUUUAUUGGAAAUAAUAAAAUAUCAUUGCAUCACAUUUGGCUACAGAAUGUAGCUCAAUAUGGCCUCAAUUUAACACCACAGCUGUAGUGAUACAGACACUUUGUAUUUUAGAUGAAAACUCAGGUAGUAGAUGAUGUGUUGUUUAACUACAACGCAGGGACAAGAGUUCCAUCCUGCUCACAUGAGAAAUGCACUUUCAACUUUUGGCUUUUUCAAGAUGCGUAAUAUAUCUGUGAGUUUGUAAACUACUAUUAGUAGGUGUGUGUAUUUGGUUGAAUGUCUUUUAGGAAACAGAAUUUUAGAGAGCCUAUCAGAGACCAUCAAGUUGGGACCAUGGCCCAUGAUAAUCGCUAAAGUGUAUCUACUAUCAUGUGUAAUGGGAUAUUCACCUCAUGAUAAGUGAUUAAAUUGUCAGCAUUUUUUUUUGGGGG